AUGAUAGGUAAAGCUCAAGCAGAAGAGGAUAGUGAUGGAGAUGUGGCGGACUACGAGGAUAUCAAUGGAUUCAAUUUCAAUAUUUUGAGAAAACUCCACAAUGACUCGAAAGAGUCACUGGACCAGUUUCGAUUGCAUCUGCUCGAAAAAGAUGAACUUACGCCGCUGAAAGUUUGGCAAGUACAAGACCUCAGCUAUCAAGCGGCCCAACGAGUUGUAUUGUCUGGCCCCGAGAAGGCGUUUGCUGUGCUUAUGGAAAUGAGUCAAUAUUUCCCAUUGCUGGCACGAUCGAUCUCAAGACAAGCUGUCACAAAAGAAUUC